CAUAUAAAUAUACAUGAAAUUAGAAGUUAAGCAUCAGUCAACUGUCGACUCUUCAGUAUCUCGGCAAUCGCCACACGUGCUUCAGUCACAAUGCAGUCACUAUAUAUUAUCGCCAGCGUACUUGCUGUAGUUGCAGGACAGGAAUACGAUAUACAUCCACAAAUGCUUGAAGAGAGAUAUCCCGAAUGGUACGUCAGUAGUGAAUAUGCACACCCAAGACAUCAGAGAGAUGUAUCCGUAGAUAAAAACACUGGAGACCUAACCUUGGACCACAAAACCUCACCCGACGGUCGUGUAUUCGGAACUAUUGGUUCUAGAGAUGAAGCCUUAUUUGGUAAAGCAGGUUACCAACAUAAUGUCUUCAACGACCACCGUGGUAAACUUGACGCAACAGCUUACGGAUCACGUGUGUUGAGCCCUUACGGUGAUUCAAGCCAUCAAGGAGGCCGUUUAGAUUAUAAAAACAACCACGCUGCUGGCUCCCUCGACGUAAGCAGGCAAAUCGGAGGACAUACUGCGGUUGACGCCGCCGCUGGUGGCAGUUGGCCCAUUGGCAGAAAUGGAGACUUUACAAUGCAAGGUACCUACAGUCGUUUCGGACCCAUACAAGACUAUGGCGCGAGAGCUGGUCUGAACUACCGCUGGUGAAAAGCUGAUCAGAAGCUACUUAAUCUUUGUUAAUAUUCUAAAUAGUAUGUUGUAUAUAUG